CUCAGCCAAUGAGCAGCACUAGUCGGGUAGGCCGCUCUCUCUCUCCAACCCCCGAACAGGUGACCGCGGCGACAUAGGCCGCGGCCAGAUGUGGGGCAGGAGAGCUGGCGCCUUGCUCCGGGUGCGAGGCCUGUGGCCGGCAGGGGUCCUCGGAAGGAGACCGCUAAGCUGCAGUGCUGCGUCUCUGGCGGGAAACAGUUCCCCCCAGUGUUGGAACUGCGGUGGCCCAGGGAGCCACAUGCGUGGGGACGGGUUCUUCUGUCCACAGUGCCGCGCGCUGCAGCCACCUGACCCCACUCGAGAUUACUUCAGCCUCCUGGACUGCAACCGUGCCUUCAGAGUUGACACAGCAAAGCUUCAGACUAGGUACCAGGAACUACAGCGUCUUGUCCACCCUGAUUUCUUCAGCCAGAGGUCUCAGACUGAAAAGGACUUCUCAGAGAAGCAUUCAACCCUGGUGAAUGAUGCCUAUAAGACCCUUCUGGCUCCCCUGAGCAGGGGACUAUACCUUCUAAAGCUCCAUGGAGUAGAGAUUCCUGAAGGGACAGAUUAUGAAAUGGACAGGCAGUUCCUCAUGGAAAUAAUGGAAAUCAAUGAAAAACUUGCAGAAGCUCAAAGUGAAGCUGCCAUGAAAGAGAUUGAAUCUAUUGUCAGAGCUAAACAGAAAGAACUGACUGACAAUGUGAGCAGAGCUUUUGAACAAGGGUAAAGCCCAAGUUCAGUGGGACUCUAAAUUCAGGAAACUUUACUCUGUUGUUAGACAGAUCCCUUGUUACGGAUUGGAUGUGCACCGCCUCCACCCGGAAAAUUCAUAUGGUGAAGCCCUAACCCACAGUGUAGCUAUAUUUGGAGGUCGUGCCUCUUAAGGAAUUAAUUAAGGUUAAACGAGGUCAUAAGGGUAAGACUCUCAUCAGGCGGGAUUUGUGUCCUUAUGAGAAAAGAUACCAGGGAGCCCCCUCACUUUCUCCCUACACUCAUGCACGGGGGUUGGGGGACAGGAGAUAACCAGGAAGUGACUUCUAACCAAAAACUGAAACUGACCUUGGGCGCCUGGGUGACUCAGUAGGUCAGAGCGGCUGCCUUCAGCUCAGGUAAUGAUUC